AUAGAUAUUAUUAAUUUUAUUUAAAAACAAAAAAUCACAUCACAUCUCACUCAUAGAACUACCAGAAAGGAAGUGUACUCUGUUGAAUGGACAUACUCCUUACACCUCUAGGAUGCAAGUCCUUUUGAUAGUUAGUCUUCUUCACAUGUUUGAUCUCUUUCAGUUGUUUGCAGGUAGGAAUGAUUAUUGCCAACAUUUCUCAAUCAUCAUUGAACUUUGAAAUGCCUUCUGCAGUGGACUCACUUGUUGGUUUUGGAAUGAUGCUGUACAUGUUUGUGUUAGGCCUAGAAUUAGAUCCUAAUGUACUUAUUAAAAAACCAGAGCGUGAGGCUAAAGUGGCGUAUGGGGGAAUGAUCUCCACAUUCAUCCUAGCCUACAUCGUGACUCCAUAUCUGCAUUAUUCUCAGGUUCCAAGCACGGGGUUCAACCUCGCUCUCUCCAUCACCGUCUCAGGCACUGCCUCUCCCUUACUCUCCCGGAUAGUCACUGAUCUCAAGAUUGGCAAGUCAGACAUUGGGCAUCUUGUAUCUGCAGCUGGAAUUCACACUGACAUGGUAUCCACUCUUAUCAUUUCAGUGGGAUUUAUGAUUCUUGACGCUGAUAAAAGUCUCAGUAUCCGUGAUUCACACCGCAUCCUUUUUACUUGUUGUACCCUGGUGAUCCAAACAGUGUUUGCAGCCACUGUUUCUCCAGUUUUCUUUGCCUGGGUGAACCAUGAGAACCCAGAAGGAAAACCAGUAAAAGGCUCACACUUAGUCGUAACCAUUGGCUUCGUGGUAGUCAUUUGCGUCUCAUCAGCAGCCAUAUCAGGGUACAGUCCGAUGAUGAGUGCAUAUGUGACAGGUCUUGUUCUACCUAGGGAGGGAAGAUUAUCAAAGCUAAUGAUUAACAAGAUUAACCACUUCUUAACCAAAAUAAUUUUUCCAAUUUAUGGCCUUUGGGUGUUCUGGGUAGCCGGUUUCCAUGAGUUCCAACUCGGAAAAUUAGGGACAUGGGGAAGGUUGUUUUUGCUUAUGGUGAUAGCAAUGCUCGGAAAAGUCAUUGGAACAAUUGCCUCUGGGGUGAUGUUAGGGUUUCAAUUGCCAGAAUCUGUCGCAAUUGGGUUGCUUCUCACUGUCAAGGGCCAUUUUCAUAUGUUGUUAGCCACUACUGCCAUUCAAAAGGAAAUCAUAACAGCUUCAACGGGCCUGGUGAUGAUCCUCACCUCCAUGCUCACCAUCAUCCACACUCCAAAGGUCAUUGAGCACAUCAUCAAGCGGGCCAGAAAACACACACCAAGACAUCGAAAGACACUGCAGUGGCUUGAACCAUCAACCGAGCUCCGAAUCAUGAUCUGCAUCCGCGGCCCCCAGAAUGUGUCUUCCACGAUCAGACUCAUUGAGAUGUCCCAAGGCACACCGAAUCUUGGUCUUGCAAUAUACGUAACUGACAUGAUCGAACUCACUGAGAAGGUAGCAGCCACGGCCGUGAAUGGAGAAGGAAUGAACACCUUGACAGUAAUGAACAAGUCAGUAAGGCAGAUGAGGGAGCAGAUCACAGGUGAGAUUGAGGCUUAUAUGGCGGAGAAUGGAGAGGGUGUGACAAUAAGGAGGAUGAUGGCCUUGUCCAUGCUGACCAGAAUGCAUCAGGAUAUUUGUGUUUUGGCUAAGGAUUUGAUGGUUUCACUGAUCAUUUUGCCCUUUCAUAAGAAUCGGCGGGAGGAUGGAAAGUUCGAUGGAAGUGGCCUUUCUGGAUUCCGAAAUGUGAAUCGUAAGGUUCUUCGGCAUGCCCCAUGCUCUGUGGGAAUAUUGGUGGACAGGGGGCUUGGGUCAACAAAACGGAUGUCAAGAUCAUUUGAAUCGCUAAAUAUUGCGGUCAUUUUCAUGGGUGGGAAAGAUGAUCGGGAAGCAUUAUCCUACUCCAGUUGUGUGGCACGGCACCCAGGAGUAAGGCUCACUGUCAUCAGACUCUUGUUGGACACCAAUGCAAACAACUCCAGUACAAGUGCUGGGAAAAAAUGGUUCAAGCAUACUGAGCAGGAAGAGGAGAUGAAGUUGGACGAUGAGUACUUCACUGAAUUUUAUGAUAAACAUGUUGCAGGAGGGAAAGUUGCUUACACUGAAAGACAUCUGAUAAAUUCAGCAGCGGCAUUAUCCACACUCCAGUCAUUAGACAAGCAGUAUGCGCUGAUCAUUGUGGGGCGAGGUGGGGGAGUGAACUCAACAUUAACAGUAGGUAUGAGUGAUUGGAGGGAGUCUCCUGAACUGGGUCCUAUUGGGGAUAUUCUUUCUGCAUCUGAUUCACCUGUCACUGCAUCUAUUUUGAUCAUCCAACAGCACAGUAUUAAAGGAGAAAUAGAUGGCCUAGAUGACGAUUUUUCAAUAAUGUAAAUUUCAACACUAGUAAGAUAGCUGAUACUUCAGAAUGUAAAAAGCAGAAAAACACAUGACGAUUGUGUAAACUUGA